CCCCGCCUCCCGCGCCGCCUCCUCCCGCUCCGCACAUGGCCUCCUCCGGCUCCUCCGCCGGCUCGGGCCCGAGCGGCGGCUCCUCGGGCGGAGCGGGGCUGCUCACCCUGCAGCGGGGCAUCGUCAAGAUGGUCCUCUCAGGCUGUGCCAUCAUCGUCCGCGGACAGCCCCGUGGUGGGCCGCCUCCCGAAAGGCAGAUUAACCUCAGCAACAUCCGCGCUGGGAACCUUGCACGCCGGGCUGCCGCUGGCCAGCCAGAUGCCAAGGAUACACCUGAUGAGCCCUGGGGGUUUCCAGCUCGUGAGUUCCUGAGAAAGAAGCUGAUUGGGAAGGAAGUCUGUUUCACGAUAGAAUAUAAGACGCCCCAGGGACGCGAGUACGGCAUGGUCUAUCUUGGGAAAGAUACCAGCGGGGAGAACAUUGCUGAAUCUCUUGUGGCAGAGGGGCUGGCCUCCCGGAGAGAAGGCAUCAGAGCCAACAACCCCGAGCAGAACCGGCUGGCCGAGUGCGAGGAUCAGGCCAAGGUGGCCAAGAAGGGGAUGUGGAGCGAGGGGACUGGCUCUCAUACCGUCCGGGACCUCAAGUAUACCAUCGAAAAUCCCCGGCACUUUGUAGACUCGCAACACCAGAAGCCUGUUAAUGCAAUCAUCGAGCACGUGCGAGACGGCAGCGUGGUCAGAGCCCUGCUCCUCCCAGAAUACUACCUUGUCACAGUCAUGCUCUCUGGGAUAAAGUGCCCAACUUUUAAGCGAGAGGCAGAUGGCACAGAGACACCUGAGGCAUUUGCAGCUGAAGCCAAGUUCUUCACUGAAUCCCGCCUCCUGCAGAGAGAUGUGCAGAUCAUCCUGGAGAGCUGUCAUAACCAAAAUGUCCUGGGCACCAUCCUUCAUCCGAAUGGGAACAUCACAGAGCUUUUGUUGAAAGAAGGUUUUGCCCGCUGCGUGGAUUGGUCCAUUGCCGUGUACACACGAGGAGCGGAAAAGCUGAGGGCCGCCGAGAGGUUCGCCAAGGAGCGCAAGCUGAGAAUCUGGAGGGACUACGUGGCCCCUACGGCCAAUCUGGAUCAGAAGGACAAGCAGUUUGUAGCCAAGGUCAUGCAGGUGCUGAAUGCCGAUGCCAUCGUUGUGAAGUUGAACUCUGGGGACUAUAAGACCAUCCACUUGUCCAGCAUCCGGCCACCUAGAUUGGAGGGGGACAGUGUACAGGACAAGAACAAGAAGCUGCGCCCCCUCUAUGACAUCCCAUACAUGUUUGAGGCCCGGGAGUUCCUGCGGAAGAAACUCAUUGGGAAGAAGGUCAAUGUAAAUGUGGACUAUAUCAGACCAGCCAGCACAGCCACGGAGACCGUGCCCGCCUUCUCGGAGCGCACCUGUGCCACUGUCACCAUUGGAGGAAUAAAUAUUGCUGAGGCUCUGGUCAGCAAAGGCCUAGCCACUGUGAUUCGCUACCGGCAGGAUGAUGACCAGAGGUCUUCACACUAUGACGAGCUACUGGCUGCCGAGGCCAGAGCUAUUAAGAACGGCAAAGGACUCCAUAGCAAGAAAGAAGUACCCAUCCACCGAGUGGCAGACAUCUCUGGGGAUACCCAGAAAGCCAAGCAGUUCCUGCCCUUCCUACAGCGAGCAGGUCGUUCCGAAGCAGUGGUGGAAUAUGUCUUCAGCGGCUCUCGGCUCAAGCUCUACUUGCCAAAGGAAACCUGCCUCAUCACUUUCCUGCUUGCAGGCAUCGAAUGUCCCCGGGGAGCCCGAAACCUGCCUGGCCUGGUGCAAGAGGGAGAGCCCUUCAGUGAGGAAGCCACCCUGUUCACCAAGGAGCUGGUGCUGCAGCGAGAGGUGGAGGUGGAGGUGGAGGGCAUGGAUAAGGCCGGGAACUUCAUCGGCUGGCUGCACAUCGACGGGGCCAACCUAUCCGUCGCCCUGGUGGAGCACGCGCUGUCCAAGAUCCACUUCACUGCCGAGCGCAGCUGCUACUACAAGCCACUGCUAGCUGCCGAGGAAGCCGCCAAAAAGAAGAAGGAGAAGGUUUGGUCCCACUACGAGGAGAAACCCGUGGAAGAGGUCGUCCCCGUGCUGGAGGAGAAGGAGCGCUCGGCCAGCUACAAGCCGGUGUUUGUCACGGAGAUCACCGACGACCUGCACUUCUAUGUCCAGGACGUGGAGACCGGCACGCAGUUGGAGAAGCUGAUGGAGGGUAUGCGCAACGACAUCACCAGCCACCCGCCUGUAGAGGGAUCCUACGCUCCCCGCCGGGGAGACUUCUGUAUUGCCAAGUUUGUGGAUGGAGAAUGGUACAGAGCCCGUGUAGAGAAAGUGGAGUCUUCAGGCAGAGUGCAUGUCUUCUACAUCGACUAUGGCAACAGAGAGAUUCUGCCGUCCACCCGCCUGGGCACGCUGCCUCCAGCCUUCAGCACCCGGAUUCUGCCUGCCCAAGCCACAGAGUACGCCUUUGCCUUUAUUCAGGUGCCUCAAGAUGAGGAUGCCCGCACCGAUGCAGUGGACAGCGUCGUCCGGGACAUCCAGAAUACCCAGUGCCUGCUCAAUGUGGAACACCAGGCCCCCGGCUGUCCUCACGUCACCCUGCAGUUUGCUGACUCCAAGGGGGACGUGGGGCUCGGGCUGGUCAAAGAAGGACUGGUCAUGGUGGAGGUGCGCAAGGAGAAACAGUUCCAGAAAGUGAUCACAGAAUACCUGAACGCACAGGAGUCAGCCAAGAGCGCCAGGCUGAACCUGUGGCGCUACGGGGACUUCCGUGCAGACGACGCGGACGAGUUUGGCUACAGCCGCUAGGAGGGAGGCGAGACCCGCCUCGCCCCCAGUCGGCUCCGCUCACACUAACUUCUCUCUCUUCCCGGGCGGGGCGACGGGGGCAACUGGAGAGUUGCCGGGGGUGGGCCAGAUCGGGUCCAGCUUUGCUUCAGUGUAUGGAAUUGUCUCGUAAGGCGGAACCCCGGGACCCUGGCGGAGUGCCCUGGGGGUGGGCGCUCUGCCACCCGGGGGUGGGAAGGGAAGGCCGGGCACUGCUCUCCCCAAUCCCUCCUGACCCCCUUUUUUAAUUGUUUCCAAAUCAUCUUACUCCUCCCCCUCCCCCCUCCCGCCCCCAAACCAGAGGAAGCAAAAGACUUUGUCACGGUUGGGGGCCAGGUGGGGAACCAGAUACCCAGCCCAGCUGCUGUCUGGUAUCCCGACACUUGCUGCCCCCGCUCGUUGACAGUUGUGAUUAUGUUCUUUUUCUGAUCUGUUCCCCCGGCCCAUGUUAAAGCUUGCAAGGCCCAAUAAAGUAGUACCGUGCUACCUGCA